CUACCGACCGAAUAAGUCGAAAGCAUAUGGAUCAUUUCGAGAGCAAGUCGAGCUUUCAUUGAGCUUAGACACAGACUAUUCCGUAGUUGCAUCUACUGUGUAUAUGGAUUGAACGGUGACCUGAUAACGACAUACGUCAUCGGUUAUCGAUAAUGACAGUCCAUGGUCGGCUGAUAGCAAUCAGUAGCUCGGCGGGGUCACGAUGUGUACCGCAACCUCCCAUCCAACCUCGAAUCCAAGCAGCCUAGGCGAAACAACCGACGCCAUAAACAGCCAGCCAUUCGAAGCAGGGCUCACAAAAGGAGGAAGACCAAUUAAUUUCCCAGAAAAGAGCCACACUCAUACCCUUCCGGGUCCCCCCCCAAAAAACCAUGGCAGACAAGCCGACGUCGAUACGCGCCGCCCAGGCGCUCGCCAUCUUCGCGUCGGCCGGGUCGGCGGGGCUCUCGCUGGGCGUGUCGGCGCUGGUCCUGCCGCGGCUCCUGGAGUCGCCGACGCCGCUGAUGCUGCGGCAGUGGGCGCGCCUGCUCGAGGCCGGCAAGCGGACGUUCCCCGCGCUCGCGGCCGCCGCCGCGGCGCCGUACUGGUUCCUCGCGUACCGGUUCUGGGGCGGCGCCGGGGCCGGGUGGUGGAACGGCGGCACCCGCGCGGGGUGGCUGUACCUGGUCGCGGGCGGGCUGUGCGUCGGCACGGUGCCGUACACGCUGGCCGUCGUGAUGCCAACGAAUAGGAGGUUGCUGCGCAAGGUGGAGCAGACGAGGAUGCUCGGCGAGGCGGACGAGGUCGUCGAGACGGGCGCCAGGGAGGAGUCGGCGAAGUACCUGGUCGAUCACUGGGGGUUGCUGCAUAUGGGUCGCGUCGUCAUGAUUGCCGCUGCGGGGAUUAUUGGGCUUGGUGCGUCUCUGUGAGGCGGGUCUUCCACUGCUGCUCAGGGGUGGUUGCUUUAUGAAUGAAAUGGUGGCCGAGAUAUACGCUGCGGCCUACUCAUUGUUCAUUAUCUAGGCUGAGUAUACUGAUUCAAAAUCCUAUACUUCAGCCAGUGA